GCUCGCUUCUGACAGUGAGCCACACUGAUUCAUGCUGUUGGGAGAUAAUUUUGGGGAUUAAGGAAGAAAUCAAUGCCAACCGAAGGGAGUGCAUGAAGGAGACAAUGGAUGUGGAGGCUCUGAGCAGAACAGAGCUGCUGACUUUCCUCAGCAUCCUGGAGGGCGAGCUGGAGGCCCAGGACGUGGUUAUCCAUGCCUUCAGGGCUCAACACAGAGACGCUUUCAUCCAGGAGCGUUACGGGCAGUACAACCUCAGCGACCCGUUUCUGGCCCUGCAGCGCGACAGCAAGUCGGGGGAUCAACACACACUACCUCGCAUGGACCUGCAGGAUGGGCCAGUGGGCCCGAACCCUCUGGCUGUGCUUAAGAUUGUCAUGAGUCACUGCAAACAGCUUCAAGAGCGGAUGAUGGACCAGUUGGCUGCUGUAGAAAACAGGCACCGGAGAGUGAUCGCUGACCUGCAAGAGGAGAAACGGAAGCACAUGCAAGACUCUGCUCAGAAUGAUCACUUCACUUACAUGCUGCAGACGGAGCGAGACUGUCUACUACAGCAGCUGGAAGCCGAGCGUGCAGCUGUGCAAAGGCUGCAGAAGGAGCAGGCUCAGGCCGUGACUCAGGUCGAGGAGUCGCUGUCCCAGCAACAAGAUCUCUCCUCCACCCUGUCGGUGGAGCUGCAGAGAGCCAGCAGCCAGGCUCAGGAGGAGGCCCAGAAAGCCAACCACCUCCAGGUCUUGCUCCAAGAAGAGAGGACGACCUUGGAGCAGCUUCAAGCAAUGCUGGAAGCUGAGAAGAGCAGGGCAGCUCAGCUGGAGGCGAGAUCUGAGAAGCAGCUGGCUGAGUUUGAUACGGAACGAGAGCAGCUGAAGGUUCUAAUCAGCAAGGAGAAAGAGAAGAGUGGAGGACUUGAGAAACAGGUUGAUGAGCUGAAUCUGCAACUAGCGGCGCUCAGGGGGUGUAAAGAAGAACCUAAGACAAAAGUAUCAAAAAUGACCACUUCUGUUCAGACCGAGCCGGACGGAAGCGUGACCCCAAAAAGCAUGUCAGCGAAGACCAACGGACACCACCUGCACAAGGAGCUCCCUCAUGAAGCCACGCAGGAAAAUGGAAGUGGAGUGGUCUUGCAUUCUCCGCUUUCUCCUCACCCUCAGUCUCCUUCCAGUACCGCCGCCUCAUCCCUCUCAUCUUCUCCACUCGCAUCCCCGGUGUUGACCAAGCGUCCAAGCUUCCAGUCGUCCUACCAGGCAGGGGUCAACCAGAGGUUCCAGGCAGCCAGGCACAAGUUCCAGGCUCAGGCUGAGUUGGAGCAACAGCAGCACGGUUGCCCUCUUUCCCCCAGGGAUCUCUCCCCCACCACCUCCUCCAUCUCUUCUCCAGCAGAAUACAGCUCCGCUAAGCAGCUGGCCCGUAACACCGUCACACAAGUGCUGUCCCGCUUCACCAGCCAGCAGGGGGGAGUCAAGUUAGCACCAACCAGCAACUCUCCAUUUGGCACAGACUACAGAAACCUAGCGGCCUCCCCGACAGGGGGAAGGUCUCCUUCUGGGCCUCUGUCUCCAGGCAUUCGUUCCCCACUCACCCCCCGGUCGGAGAAGAUUUAUCCGCCUCCGAUUCCGCCUAAGAAACCUGGUAUGAGCCCAACUCCAGGCUCGCCACUUCAUUCAGCGCAGAGUAGCCUCUUCCCGGAACUCACAGGAAACUGCGGACAUAACAGUGGACAGGAGGGGUCCACGGAACCAGACCUGGUUUUGUCAUCCGGCAGCUAACAGACGAAUGGAACUAUAUUUUAUAUUAAUUUUAUUGCCCUCAUGUAAUCAAAAAAAUCACAAGUCCUAAGUUGUAAAGGUGGUGCUUUGAACACAUCACUACCUUUCACAAAUAUGGUUUCCAUCGAUCGUAGCAAGAAAUUGAAUCUCACAAGGCAUUACACUUUAGUCUCAACUUAGAGGUUAAGUAGAAUUAUUAUUUAACAGUCUAUAACUGAGAUAUAACAAAACAGCACAUUUUUUGGAUGAGUUCCUUCUCUAUGAGGACAAAUUAAGCAUUUAUAACCAUGUUUUUGUUUACCAACACUGCCUGAUGGUUGAAAGGGUUUUCUCCUUGAAGCACAAUCUUUCAUCGAUAGUCACUGAGUGCACAUUCAUUUUCAAAUCACAUAAUAAAAAGGGAGAGCACAUUUGCACAUCAAUGUAAAACCAUGUCCUAACAAAUGUUUACUUUUUUCACAUAUGACUAGUAUUCACAGGCUUUAUAUCCUUCUAAGUUUGACAUACCUCCGGUUCCUAUUCUGCAAAUGUUUUUAAUAAAUUUUCU